UAAACUAAGUUGUUUAAUAACAUGAGUCAAACUCUGGCAUCUCAACACCAUUCUCAACUACCCACGACUUCUCAAAUAUCACAACUGUUCCUUCUCCACGUGUGUAAUAAGGCCUGUAGAUACAAUGAAAUGCAAGCCACAUGGAUAAACUCAAAAAAAGUUACCCACCAGAGACUGUCUACAAUCCUAGAUUGCUUUGACUCAGAGCAGCUUAACCCUCACUCUCUUCAGGGACCCUUUUAAUUCAUGCUAGUGUUGGUGCUAACAUUUCCACUCGGGUAAUAGUUCUCCAGAAUGAGCAUGACAAAUGUCUUACUAUGCACUUGAUAGAGUGUGUCUACAUUUGAGUGCCCUUUUUCUUCACAUUCCACCAAAAAAACAAACAAAAAAAAACCAGUGUCUCCAAGUUUUUGUCCUCAGCAAUUGCAUCUCUUUCUGCCACAUAACCUUGAAAAGUCACGUUCCCUGGUUCCAUUGUACACUUACGUGGUUGAAAGGAAACCAGCACAAAAGUCCUAAUUUCAAGGGAGGGAGACAGUCCCCAUCUCUCUGGGGGUGACAUAUCUACAUCAUAUCGUAAGAAGAGCAUGUGGGCGGGGGGAAAGAUGGUUUCAGUGGUCUUUGGGGAAGUAGCAACCUGUCACAUCUGGAUUCCCCAUAAGGCAGUUUCAAGAACAUGCCCAAGUGAUCUUCUGUAGAUGCAAGUCUGAUCCUGUUAACGUGCCAAAGUUUUUCAGUAAGCUCCCCAUUGUCUGCAAACAGUUCUGCCACAGGGCCAACACCAGAACAUCUGCAGCUCUCAGAACAUGCCUCCACGCACUCAAGCUUUCUCCUCUGGCUAAUGCUCACUCCUUCGGCAGGUCUUAGCUCGUGGCACUUCCUCUUUGGGGCUCUUCUUAAUUACUUACCAUCUCUUCCCAAAUCCUUCCUUUGGGUUGCCCCCAACCAGCAUCAAUCACAGUGCUUAUUCUACUUUACUGCACUUCCUUAUCUCCACCAAAGUGUAACAAUCUUGAGGGCAGGAGCCAUGGAGUAAUUAUUUCCUGGUUCAUGGAAGACCCUUAAUAAAUGCUUACUGGAUGGAUAAAAAAGACCUUUGGUUUCAUAUAUUAGGGCUAAUAGCUACAGUGUGAAGCCUGGCAGUUCAUAGAAUAGUAUUUUUAGGUAACUUUGUAAUUGCUUCUUUGUCAGUCAUUGUGCUAAGAAUCAAGUUAUUUUGACCACAGUGGAAACCCUAUUGUAAACUGCAUAUUUACUAUAUGUUGUCAUUAAUUUCUACUGGGUAACCUGAAAUCAUCUCAAAGACAGCAUCUAAAAUAAUCUUUUUUUUCUCCCACCUUCCCCACCUGCCACCCCUCCUCAAAAAACAAAAAAAAAGAAAGAAAGAAGAAAAGAAAAAGGGAGGGAGGACAGGGAAGAGAAAAAGAAAAAUAUUAACCAGCUUUCCCCCUCUUUUGGUUCUCUCAACCUUUGAUUCAGAGAAUUAGACUUUUAUAAAUUUGAGAGAUCAUCUGGACAGACAAACACGUAAUUUGUAGUGGUGAGGACUCCAAAGCAUAAGGUGCUUUGUGACUUGUCCGUCUGUCAGCUAUUUAGUUUCUCAGAAAUGGGAGUAGAACCCAAAUGCUUAAGCCUAGUACCCCCAACCCACUAAGUCUGAGCCCGGAGUUCUCGGUCCGGAUGGUGCAUUAGAAACACCUGUGCACUUAAAUCUACCAUUAGUUUUCUAAGCCUGGAGUAAGAUCCAGAUAUAUGAGCAUUAAAAAGUUUCGGUUUGAAAAUCAGUCACCAAGUCCUACUGAUUCUUUACAGUAUCUCAGGCUCCCUCCCCACUCUGACCUCAUGUCCACCUCUCUAGCCCCAUCACUCCAAGCCUGGCCUCUGCGCUUCAAUACAGCUUGCCACUUCUCAACUCUUAAGGCAUGGAAGAGUCAACCUAGCUCUUGUUUAAAAGCUCAUCUCCUGGGCCUACGGUUAACGAUUCUGAGAGAGGUCUAGGGCAAGGCCUGGGAAUUUGCAUGUUGAACAAGCAAUGGCAAGGGGGUUGCUUCUCACACAGGUGAUCCAAAGAUGAUACCAUGGGAAACACUUCAGUAAAAUAAAUGUUAAUCCUCUGGCCAGGCAUUCAAAGCCCUCAACCAUCAGGCCAUUCUCUUCAAUCGUAUUUUUCACUUCUUUCCAGCUCCCCCCAUUCUCCCUCUUUCCUUUACUCAUGUUGUCCCCUCUCCCUGGAAUUUUCCACUUCUCCACCACCCCAACUCAUUCCUUCCUAUAAAAAUCCUGUGCAUCCUUCAAGGCCCAAUUCAAAGCCCACUCCAGUGAAAAUGGCCCAGCUCCUCUUUCUGAGUGAGCCCCAUCUUAACAGGGUAAGCUCUUAAGGAACAAGCCCAUGUCAUAUUUUAAAAACCACUAGGGCAUCUAGCAUCAUAGGAAAAACAGCUUUUUAGUAAAAUAUUUUUAAUUACGCUAGAGAACUCAACGAUGGACUCACAUGUAUUUAUAUUUUCAUUUUACAGUCAAAAAAAGUGAAGUAGAGUGUCUGAUAAUACUUUUUCAGCGCUUGGUGGGAAGAGGCGAUGUGCGACUUGAUAAUGCUGGGCUAGACCGUAAUGCCUUCCGGACGAUCCUUUACAGCUUGUUUGGAAUGACUGACGAGAAGCUAAUGAAUAGGGUAUUUUUUGCAUUUGACAAAGACAAUGAUAACUGCAUAAACGUAAAUGAGUGGGUUGCAGGAUUAUCAGUGUUUCUUCGAGGGACUUUUGAAGAAAAGCUGAAAUUCUGUUUUGAAGUUUACUAUUUGAAUGGCGACGAUGGCUACAUUUCUCGAGAGGAAAUAUUUGACCUGCUGAGGAACAGCCUACACCAACUGUCAUCCAAGGAAGAGACUGAUGAAGGAGUAAAAGAGCUGGUAGACAUAACACUGAAGAAAAUGGAUUAUGACAACGAUGGCAAGAUAUCGUUUGCAGACUUUGAGAAAGCAGUGAAGGAAGAGAAACUUCUGUUGGAGGUGUUUGGACAAUGUUUACCGGAAGCAAAGAUUUGUCUUGAUUUUGAAGCCCUGGCAUUCAGACACCUAGACACAUCCUGACUUCUAGUUUUUGCAUGUGAAUCACUCAAUACUUAUAUUAAAAUAAAAAACAUUUUGGUUGCUAUACUUAUUUCCUUCAAUUAAUUCACAUAUAGUUACUGCAGUGUGAGAGGUAAUGUUGUAAGAACUGUUUCUGUAAUAUUAAGUAUGGAUCAAAAUAGCAUCUAUAACAGGUAAUGAUAAGCUAUUUUAUUUACUUAAGUUAGCUAGCAACCUUGGGUCUUGUGGCAAAUACUGUGAA